CGGCCUACCGCUUCGGCUGACAUCGGAACGCAUUCUCUCGCUCGACGCGAAACGUCAAAUGAAGUGAACUGAGCCACAAUCCAUUGUCUGUGCUGUAUUUUUGUGUUUUAUUCAGUUUUUCAUCGAUUACCGACUUGAUAAUGCUGCCACCGAGCCGCGAGGACGACGACGACGACAGCCACCUCUGCAUCAAGUGCAACGCGACCGUCAUCGGCCUCGACAACUACGUCAAACAUCGCAAGCAACGGUGCCAGAAUAAAUAUACCCAAGCAAAGAGCUUAAAAACUGAUAUUCCCAGCUUGGACACUUUAGAACCCAGCUACAGCCUCGGCGCAGAUGUUUUCUUCCAAUCGCUGGAGCUGCAGAGCAGUGCCAAGAAACCAUCGGUCAGACUUACUCCCCCCAUACCAGUGUCCAGUAAAACAAGCCAAGUAUCAGAUAGGAAGCAUAAUUUGGCGACUGCGACCUCUUCUCGAGAUAUUCCGUUGCAUUCGCCAUUGGAAAGUAACUUGAGAGGCGAAGAUUGGAUCGGAGGUCAUAGUUUGCGAAUAGGAAAUAGCGAAGCUGACAACCAGACUAAAUUGAUAAAUGCAGUCGCCAGCAUUAGUGGGACAGCCAAGAAGGAUACUUCUACGGCUUACAACAUUGUUCCGUACAACGAUUUCAAAGGUGACGAAGAAUCAGAUGAAGCCUCAGAAGACUCGGAAGAUGAAGAGGAUGACGAACCUCCAACUACAGGGGGAAAGUGGAAGCCACCUCCUCACCACACUGGCGGCAAGUGGCGACCAGACUCCCCAGAACAUGAUGUUUGGGAAAUGAAAGAAGACCACACCGGAGGAAAAUGGAAACCAUUGAUGCCCACCGACACUCAGGAAGGAGAUGAAGAUUAUGACGCGCCACCACCUGGUCAUACUAAAGGAAAGUGGAUCCCUGGAGCUCAAGAAUCCAAGUCUCAAAUAAUGAGACCCACGAUACAGACGAAAACAUCAGUCCAGUAUUGGUGUGGCCCGUGUAAUAGGCGUUUAGGGACAAAAGCGGUAUAUCAGAAACAUUUGAUGUCCAAUUUACACAUGAAGAAAAUCUUGCCCGAAACUGAUUUAGAGUUUUCUGGGCCAACUGACUCGUCAAAAAGUAUAGGAAGUAGGAGAUCUAGCCGAACUCCAAAAUCUAUCAAUGACAGUAUUUACGUUCACGAAAACAAACGUAAAAGGGAUGAAGAAGUGACUGAGAAGCUCGGCAAAAAGAAAAGAAAACGUAAGCCUUACUACACCAAGUGCUACGGCUGUGAGUCUAGGGUUAGGGUUCAUUUGAUGGGUAAACAUUUGAUUUCACACUACCACUUCAGGAAGGCCACUGACACAUCUAAUCUGGAAUAUCAAAAAAUGCUACUUGACAAUAUGCACGCCAUUGUCCGCCAAGCCCCUUUCCAGUGCAGUCCUUGCAAAUUUUAUUCCAACUGGCUUUCCACUUUCAAACAGCACUGGUUAACGGAAGAACACCAAACUAAAAUUUCCUCUCUAGAAGGAAAAUAUUGGUGCUCAUUUUGUAAAUUUGAAUGUGAUAGUUCUGGAGACAUGCUACAACAUCUUUCGAGUCCUGAUCACAACGAUGUCGUGGCGGUAGUGAACCGAUCUAUGCCCAUAAUUAUACGCAAGAGAAGCGUAUUUAAAUGUAAAACGUGCUUCAAGGAGUUUAGAUAUAAUAUCGAAGUAAAAAAACACUGUAACAAAACUGGUCAUGAGCCGACUCAUACAGCUACAGACGUGUACCAAGAGCUCCACAACUGUCAUCAGUGUAGAAUCAAGUUCAGAUCCUCCUUGGCCCUGGCAGGCCAUCUCAAGAUCAAACACAAACAGAAAGUAUACUUUUGUAUGGUGUGUUCGAAAUCUUUCAAAACAUCAGAAGAGGCCGUGAAACAUCGCCAGACGUCGGAACACAAAAUCAGAAGGAAAGAGAUGUUAAAAGAGAGAGGAGUUCCAAUAAAGGACAUGAGAAAGAAAUGUCCUUAUUGUGUAGACAUUGUUGUGAAGAACGUGUUAGAUCUGAAAGAUCAUCUUGAGAGAGUGCACCCUGACAUGAAGAAAAAAUGUCCCCACUGCGGAAUGGCUUUCACGCUCUCACAAGAAGUGAGUCACCACGUCAAGAGCAACGCCUGCCAGUUCUCGGUUCCCGGACAACUAGACUCACCCACCUUCUGGAACUGCAGCCAGUGUCUCUUCAGAACCGACUCGCAGGCCGAAUGCUACUUCCACGAAGUUCUACACACUGACCCAUUGAUCGAAGUUCACAAACUUGGCGAUGAGGAAAAAGUUGUGCAAAAGUUUGUGUGUCCUUUUUGCCAUAAGGCGUUUAGGAAAGCGUCUUUGAAACAUCACAUUCGACAACAUACGUUUGAGAGGCCGUUUGCAUGUUCCAUAUGCUGUGCCAAUUUCACCAGACAAAGCUCGUUGAGCAACCACGCGAGACUUGAGCACGGAGCCGGCGCCAGCACCUCCACCGCACCACACGCCCAGAGCAUCAUGAGGAAAGCUAUCAACGAAACCAAGAUAGAAUACCAACCCAACGACCAUGAGCUUUACAUCAACAAUUACAAGUCAAACUUGAAAAGAGCCGUUCCAUCUUCAACCCCAAACGAAACCGAAGUUAAGAUACGGGAGCACACAUGUCCGCACGACACAAUAUGCAAAUACGUUGCUGCAACUGAAAAACAGUUAUUGAGGCACAGAAAGUCUCAUCAUGGGGAGCGACUCAAACCGCAUGAAUGUCCUAUUUGUACAUUUAAGACAGACCAAUCAAGUCAUAUGAAGCGACACAUGAGGUGCCACGCAGGGUCCAAGCCAUACAAGUGCCCACAUUGUCCGUUUGAUUGUGGUAGUUUGGAGAACCUACGGAAGCACGUCUUGACUGGUGGGAGGCACUCGGGUCUGUAUCUGUACAACUGUACGGAAUGUUGUGGACAGUUUGCCACCAACAUGGCCGCUGAGCUACGGUCUCACCUGACUGAAGUGCACGGAGACAAGUAUGACACUAAGACUGCUAUUGAAGCUGUUAAGAGGCAUUUGAUGAAGGAUUUUACUAGUGAUAUUGGCAACUAGUGUUUGACUUUGGUGAUUUGAUCUGUAAGUGAUAAAUAGUUUAUGCCUGACCAGCAGGGUUGGCUGCAAACUGUGGGACCAAGGUCCUGAUGGAAAGUAGUUCAAGCAUGUGAACGACUGUCUUAUGACAACAGGGGUAUUUUUGUGUUUUAGUUUUCUAAAUAUUCUUUUUUACAAGCUAGGCUAGUUAAUUUGUA